AUCGACAGGUUGGGAAAAAAUAAAGGCGAAUUUUCAUUUUCAUUUCUCAGAGUAUCAGUUAAACCACAAAAUUACGCAAUUCCUGCUCCUGAUAUAGCUGGUAUACCAAAAAACAUUAAUAAAACGUAUCCAAACUAUGAAUACACAAAGUUGCUUUCUUAUUCUUUAUAUUUUUAUGAAGCUCAGAGAAGUGGUAAAUUACUCCCAAAUAACAGAGAUUCUGCAUUGACAGAUGGUCAGGAUGUUAAACUAGAUCUCAGUGGCGGAUAUUAUGAUGCUGGCGAUUAUUUAAAAUUUACUUUACCAUUAUCCUGGACAAUUACAUCUUUAUCAUGGGGUGCAUACGAAUGGUUUGAUGGAUAUCAACUUGCAAAUCAAACUCAGUAUCUUCAAGAUAUGAUUAGAUGGGGAACAGAUUGGCUAAUAAAAGCUCAUCCUGACAAAAAUACUUUAUACGUUCAAAUUGGAUUAGGUGAUAUAGAUCAUAAUUACUGGGGACCUGAUACAGGAAUUCCUUUACCGCGUCCAUCACUUAAUGUAAAUUCUUCUGCUCAUGGAACAGAUGUUGUUGCUGAAGCUGCAGCUGCAAUGGCAUCCGCCUCUAUAUUAUUUCGAGAAAAACUAAACGAUACAGUUUAUGCUGAUACUUUGUUAUCACAUGCAAAAUCUUUAUACGAAUUUGCAGAAACAACUCCAUUCGUCAAAUAUCAAGACUCCGUCCCUGAGGUUAAUGAAUUUUAUUCUUCUUCAGAAUAUGGUGAUGAAUUAGUUUGGGCUUCACUUUGGUUAUAUCGAGCAACAAAGAUUCAAGAUUAUAUGAACAAAGCCAUAAAUUAUUUUGAUACCUUUGCUUUAGGUGGUUUAAAUAAGGUUAUUAAUUGGAAUGAUAAAACUGGUGCCUGUUAUGUGUUAUUUGCUAAACUAAUCAAAGAAUCCAAUCAAGAUAAUAGUAGAUGGACAAAAGAAUCAGAAAGAUAUUUAGAUGGUGUUUCAAGUGCAUCAUCUGAUGGAUGUAAAUUUACAAAUGGCGGAUUAUACUUUUGUGAUGGUGACAGCAAUGCAGCGUCUUUAAAUCCUGCUCUUAAUGCAGCUUUUGUGUCUUUAUUGUAUUCACCUUUAGCCACUUCCACAUCAAAAUCUAAUAGUUAUAAUGAUUUUGCCAAUUCACAAAUUAAUUACUUGUUGGGAAAAAAUCCCUUAAAAAUUCCUUAUGUCAUUGGUGUUCACCCCAAUUCACCUCAAAACCCCCACCAUGCUGGUGCACAUGGCGGCACUAACAUAAGAAAUUUGAAUGAUCCUCCUGAGACUCUACAUAUUUUAUAUGGUUGUAUUAUUGGUGGACCCAACCAAACAGAUGAAUUUCUUGACGAUCGAACUAAUUAUGGUGAAACUGAGGCUGCAUUGGAUUAUAAUGUACCAUUCCAAAGUUUGAUGGCUUAUCAAGUAAUUAAUUCAAAAGAAGAUCCAUAUUAUGUUACUUUACCACCUGGCAGAGGAACAAUUAAAGAAGGAACAAAGACAGUAUUAAUUGCAGUAUUAAUUGUUGUAUUUGUAUUAUUAUUUUUAAUUAUUGUUCUUGAAUCAUCAAGACAUACUUUGUGA